UCCAAGUGAUGGAGGAAUUUUGGCAAUGAAUAUAAGUAGCUGAAUCCAGGACUUAGCUCCUGGUUGGUCAUCAUCAAACAUGAGCAGCAUGAAGAAUACUUUGCAAGAACGCCCCCUUGCAUCCAGACUCUUGGCCGUUCAAUCACAUAAUACGUUCAACUUCUUCUCUCAUCUUCUUCUUUUUAUCUCUGGUUUGCUCAUUGGACUCACCCUCACUUUCUCUCUCAAACACAUCUCCCUCAACUUUCAAUUCCACCAACUCUUCCUCCCAUCCCUCUCUCCUCCUCCCAUCAUCAUCUCAUCGUCAAACAAUCACACCAAACCCUCCAACUUCACACGAAAUGGGCUAAGGGGUUUCCUUAUGCCAACCAAGGCUAUGCAUGAUAUGACAGAGGAAGAGUUGCUUUGGAGAGCUUCCAUGGUUCCUAGGAUCAAGGAACUACCUUCGAAACACACCCCAAAGGUUGCAUUUAUGUUUUUGGCAAAAGGGCCUUUGUUUUUGGGUCCCUUGUGGGAGAGAUUCUUCAAAGGAAAUCAAGGCUUCUAUUCUAUCUAUGUCCAUUCACAUCCUUCUUUCAAUGACACAGUGCCUCAAACUUCUGUGUUUCAUGGCCGCAGAAUCCCCAGCAAGGAGGUAAGAUGGGGUGACUUCAACAUUGUAGGGGCAGAGAGACGCUUACUGGCCAAUGCACUUCUUGACUUCUCCAACCAACGUUUUGUUCUUCUCUCAGAGUCAUGCAUUCCUUUGUUCAAUUUCUCAACCAUCUACAACCACCUCAUGAACUCAACCAAAACCUUUGUGGAAGCCUAUGACAUGCCAGGUGCAGUGGGGAGAGGCAGGUACAACCCCAGAAUGAGGCCACUUGUUAUGCUUUCUCAGUGGAGAAAAGGGUCACAAUGGUUCCAACUAGACCGUGCCCUUGCCAUUGAGAUAGUCUCUGACCAACACUACUUCCCUUUGUUCAAAAAGUAUUGCAGGAGAGGAUGUUAUGGUGAUGAACACUACUUGCCAACGUUUGUUAGCAUCAAGUUUUGGGAGAAUAACUCAAACAGAACUUUGACAUGGGUUGAUUGGUCUAAGGGUGGGCCCCAUCCAGCCAGGUUUCUGAGAAACGAUGUAACUCUUGAUUUUUUGAAGAGGCUGAGGCAUGGGAGAACAUGUCAGUACAAUGGGGAGACCACCAAUGUUUGUCACUUGUUUGCAAGAAAAUUCACGCCUCAUGCUUUAGAUAGAUUGCUGAGGUUUGCUCCAAAGAUCAUGCAAUUCAAUUGAUUUGUAUUUGUGGGGACUUUUUUUCUUUUUCCUUUUUCUUUAAUCAUUGACCAGGGAUUUUUAAUAUUUUUUUUGGGUACAGAAACGAACCAGGAACUAAAUAGAGUGCUAGUGAAGUAUUUAAACAUUA